AUGAGCGAGGAGUCCCGGUGCACCUUUCUGGUGCCCUUGGAUAAGAGCUGCCUCUCCACGGCCGAGAAGAUCAAGGCGGACCUCGAGGGUAGCGACGUCGGCGCCAAGGUCGACGCCCUGAAGCGCGCCAUCAUGCUCCUCCUCAACGGCUACACGAUCCCGCACCUCCUUGCCACCGUCGUCCGCUACGUUGUCCCCUCCGAGGAACACAUCAUCCAAAGGCUCCUCCUCCUCUACCUCGAGGUCGUCGACAAACGGGACGGAGCCUCCGGCAAGGUCAGCCCGGAGAUGAUCCUCAUCUCCCACAUCCUCCGCAACAACCUCCAACACCCCAAUGAGUACAUCCGCGGCGUCACACUGCGGUUCCUUUGUCGGCUCAACGAGCCGGAGCUGCUCGAGCCUCUUGUGCCUGCCGUUCUUGCCAACCUCAAGCACCAGCACCCUUUCGUCCGCCGACAUGUGUUCUCUGCCAUCUCAGCGAUCUACCGCCUGCGUGAUGGCAAGCAGCUCCUCCCAGAUGCGUCUUACAUUGUGGGACGUGCUCUCGUCAUCGAGCAGGACCCAACUGCACGGAGGAACGCGUUCCUCAGUCUCUGCGACUGCUCCCAGGUUCAGGCCAUCUUCUACUUGCUCAGCAAUGCUGUCGGCUUCACCGAGUGGCCUGACCCCCUCCAGAUGGCCGCCCUUGAUUUCUUCCGCAAAGUCUGUGUCAACCACCCUCACAAGAACCAUCACAGACGCCUUUUCUGUCGCAGGUAUAUUGAGGUCAUCAGCUCCCUCCUCUCUACUGGCUCAACUGCUGUUGCGUAUCACUGCGCGUGCACGCUGUUGUCUGUGUCCCAUACACCGACCUUGAUCAACGCUGCUGCAAAAACCUACUGCCAGUUGCUCAAUUCACAACGUGACAGCAAUGUGAAGCUCAUUAUAUUGGACCGCCUGCACGAGCUGCACAUCUCGCACCGUUACAUGAUGGUCAAUUUUGUCAUGGACAUUCUGCGCGAACUCGCUAGCCCUGAUCUGGUUGUCAAGAAGAAAGUUCUGGAUUUGGUGCUUGGUUUGCUCACCCCACAAAAUGUGGGGGACGUGGUGUUUGCCCUGAAGGAGGAGGUCUAUGAAUUAAUGUACAGUCUGCUGGAGUUUGCCAAUGAGUACUACCAGAUGCUACUGCAGGCGAUCCAUGCCUGUGCCGUGGUAUACCCAAAAGUGGCUGGACCAGUGGUGCACCUCCUCUUGGGCUUCCUUGGUUAUGGUGAUGUUGCUUCAGCAUCUGAUGUUGUUCUGUUUAUGCGUGAGGUCAUCGAGACCAAACCUUUCAUGCGUUUCUCCAUUAUACAUGAGCUGAUUGGUACAUUAUAUAAGAUCAAGGAUUCCUUCAUCUGUUCGUGUGCUCUCUGGAUCCUUGGGGAGUACUCGCUUUCGCUAUUUGAGGUCGAGAAAGCCAUUUCUACUAUUAAGGAGUCACUUGGAGAUCAGCCCUUCUAUGCUGUCUCCGAGGAAAGCGAGUCAAUUGAUUCAUCCAAGCCAGACCAUCCAGCCAUGGACUCAUCUACUCUAUUUUCUAAAAGACUACUUGUCGCUCUUCUAAAUGACACUUGUGCCACACAGAGUGCUGCGACCGAUGAUUCCAUUUUUAAUCCUGCUCUUACUAGUGGGUUGUUUGAUUCCAGGCAUAAUCUCAGAUUUCUCAUUAUGUCGGGUGAUUUUCACUUGGCUGCUGUUGUUGCAUGUACGUUGGCCAAGCUUGUGUUGAGGCUGGAGGAGGUUCAGCCAUCUAAGGUGGUAACAAACAAUGCAUCGGCGGAGUCCUUGCUGAUCAUGGUGUCUAUACUGCAGCUGGGGAAGUGCUCUUACCUUCCCCACCCUAUUGACAGCGAUUCAUAUGACAGGAUUGUGUUUUGUAUUAGGUUGCUUUGUAGCACUGAUGAUCAUGCAAGGAAGGUCUGGUUGCUGUCAUGCCGCCAGAGCUUCACAAAGAUGGUCAUUGCUGAGAAGCAGUUCAUGAAGAAUGAGAAGAUGAAGGUCAAGGCACAUAAUGCCUAUGCACAUCCUGAUGAUUCCAUUGAUUUCUACCACCUGAGGAGCAGGAGGGAACUGGACCAACUUGAGUUGGAAGAUGAGGUCCGAGGUGAUUUAAUGGCUGCAACUGGUGAAGUUAUGAAGGGCACAUAUGAUGCAAAUAAACUGAAACGCCUUGUUCAGUUGACAGGGUUCAGUGAUCCUGUGUAUGCUGAAGGAUUAGUUACCUUAAAUCGAUAUUAUGAUACUGUGCUUGAUGUUACAGUCAUAAACCGAACUGAAGAAACACUGCACAAUUUGUGCGUGGAGUUUGCAACAGCGAGUAAAACUGCGAUAGUUGAGCGCACUAAGAAGUACACUGUGGCUCCUGAGGCAUGCGAGCAAAUCCAGGCUAACAUUAAGAUGUCCUCAACGAACGUUGGAAUUAUAGUUGGUCGCAUUGUUUAUGAGACUUCAGAUGCAAUGGAGCUUUCAGAGGUGAUCCUAAAAGAUAUGAUCAUUAACAUCGCAGAUUACAUGACAGCUGCUACAUGUAGUGAUGUAGGUUUCCGGAAAAUGUGGGCUGAGUGUUGGUGCAAAAUUAAGUUGAAGGUCAACACGGUGCUUCAUGAUGAGAAUGAAUUUGUGAAUUUCAUAAUCAAGUCCACAAACAUGACAUGUCUAACACCACUGUCUGCGUUUGAUGGGGACUGUGGGUUAGUUGCUGUCAAUCUCUAUGCCAAGAGUGUGUUUGGCGAGGAUGCUUUGGUGAACAUCAGUGUGGAGAAGCAAGCCAACUGUAAGCUCAGCGGGUACAUCACUAUACGUGGCAAUGUCCGAGGACUCGUACUUAAUUUGGCUCAUACAAUUGUCGUUACGCAGCAGGCUACAGUUGACGGAGCCAUGAGCCUGUCAGAAGCGUUGUUACCCUUACAAGAUGUUUCAGCAUCACUAAUGUCAGUUUGA